AUGGCCGGCAGCACAAAGCAAGCACAGAACAAGGGCAGAAGAAGCUCUCCCAAGCCAGCUUCAGAUGAGCUCGUCCUCGACCAGAACGAAAUCAUGAGGGCCAUGCUGGCCAUGCAGAAGGGGAAGCAGAGGGAGGGCUCUGACAGCGAUGAUGAGUCGGAGAGGGACGAGUCGGAAGGGGACGCGUCGGAGGAGGAAGCGGAAGGGUCAGCAAGCGAGGCAGAAUCUUCGACGUUUGCUCAACAAAAUCUCAAGCGACGCCGCUCAUUGUCGCUGUCCCUCGGAGAAGAGUCUGAGCCAGAGGCAGCGCAGCCGGCAAGACAGACUCAGGGCAGGGUGGGAGUAUCUCGUACCGCCACUUCUACAAAGACUCCUCUCAAGACGCAGCCAAAACCAACUGGUCUUCAAUCUGCCCCCAAACCCGCCGCUGGGACAUCUUUUGAAGAUCUCGGGCUAUCCCAGCCCAUCAUUAGAGCGCUGGCCUCUAUCAGCAUUACAAAACCUACAGAGAUUCAAUCCGCUUGUAUUGGCCCGAUCAUGGCUGGAAGAGACUGUAUUGGAGGCGCCAAGACGGGUAGUGGUAAAACGAUGGCAUUUGCCCUUCCGAUACUAGAGAGGAUCGCUAGAGAUCCGUUCGGUGUCUGGGCGGUUGUGCUCACACCCACUCGAGAACUCGCCUAUCAACUCACUGAACAAUUCCUCGCCAUUGGCAAGCCCCUUGGCCUCACUACGACCACCAUCGUCGGCGGUAUGGACUCUAUGAAACAAGCCAAAGAGCUCGAGGGCAGACCGCACAUCAUUGUCGCUACCCCUGGUCGUCUGUGCGACUUGCUGAGAAGUGGUGGUGUUGGGUCAGGCAAGCUGAGCCGAGUCAAGAUGCUGGUGUUGGACGAAGCGGACAGGAUGCUCACGCCGACGUUUGCCCCUGAUCUUGCGUAUCUGUUCUCACAGGUACCUGCAAAGAGGCAGACCUGUCUAUUCACGGCUACUGUGAGCGAGGCCAUCAUGGACUUGGCCAACAAGCCGCCGCCUCCCGGCAAGGAGGCGCCCCAUGUAUACCGAGUAGCAUCCGACACACUGACCGUUGCCAACUUGAAGCAAAAGUACCUCUUUAUCCCCAGUCAAAUCCGUGACCCCUACCUCCUCUACAUCCUGCAGAACCCUCUCGAGGAUAUCGACAUUGCCCUCCGUAUCGACCCCAAAAAGGCCAAGGCCCAAGAACGCGAAGCCACCAUGGGCAACAAGAGAGGGAAAAAGUCUAGAUCCGACCCGGAACCUGCGGAAGAAUCACAGUCUAUCCCAUCCACAGUCAUAUUUACCCAACGCUGUGCCACCGCCCAUCUCUUGCACCUCCUUCUCAACUCUCUCGACAUCCCCUCCGUGCCCCUCCACUCUCACCUCACCCAGCCCCAAAGACUUCUCUCCCUUGCCCGGUUCCGAGCUCAUGAAGUGCCUGUACUUGUCACCACGGACGUUGGUUCGCGUGGUCUCGAUAUCCCCGAAGUCGCGAUGGUGAUCAACUGGGAUUGUCCCCGCAGGGCAGACGACUAUGUCCACCGAGUGGGUCGUACCGCCCGAGCGGGAAGGGGAGGUGUAGCGGUGACCAUAGUGACCGAGAGGGAUGUAGAACUGGUCAAGGUGAUUGAGGAUGAGGUGAAUGUCCAGCUGGAAGAGUUAAAGUUAAACGAGGAUACCGUGUUGGAAGGGUUGAACAAGGUGUCUAUGGCCAGGAGAUUAGCGACUAUGGAAAUGCACGACUCGGGCUUUGGGGAACGACAGGCUCUGAAUAAGGCCAAGCAGAUCAAGAGGCAGAAGAGGGAUGCCACAAAGUAG